UAAUUUACUAAUAGCAAAUAUUUCUGGUUUUUUUUUUGUUAAUUUGUGUAGAAUUUCAUUUUUUUGCAAUUUUCUUCCUGAUUUGAAAAUUUUUGUUUGUUUGUUUGUUUAAUAUACAGCGAAAAGAAAGAAAAACGAUGAAGAUUUCAAUAAAAAAUAGUCGAUUGGCUAUCAUUCGAUUAGCAUUAUUAUUUUGUUUUUUACAAUUAAUUUCAUCAACUAAAACUGAAACUAUACCACCACCACCAACAACAACAACAACAGAAGCAAGAAUAACCGAAUCAUUAAUACCAAAUACUAUUGAUAAAAUUAUUGUAAACAAUGAAAAUAAUUCAAUAUCAUCGAUCGCAAUGAAUUUAAUUCCGGAUAAUAAUAAUAAUAAUGAUCAAUAUUAUAAUCAUCAUCAUAAUUAUAAUGAUUUUUCAAAAAAUUAUUCAAAAUUACAUUCAUCCGAAAAUAUUAUUGAAAAUAUUAUAACUGAUGGUACAGAAUUAUUUGAUACAUCAACAAAUACAACAGCUGAAGUAAUUGUAAAAGCAACACCAUUAUUAAAAUUAAUACAUGAUUAUUUAUUGGUUAUAUUACUUAUAUCGGUAAUGUUUUCAAUGGGUUGUGGUGUAACAAUUUUUGAGGUAUGGAAUCAUCUAAGAAGACCAACAGCCGUUUUAGUUUGUAUUGCUGCACAAUUUUUUCUUGUACCAUUUAUCGGUUAUUUAAUUAUAACAUUAUUAGAAUUAGAAGUUUUACAUUCAACCGGAUUAUUAAUAUUGGCAUGUUGUCCAGGUAG